AUGGAUAAAGGAUUGAUAGAAAUUGAUAGAUUGAAGAGUGAUUUGGUAGAAUGUGAAAAGAGUGGAGAUUUAUAUGCAGAUUUUGAUUCUGAACUGGAAUAUGUUGAACCUCAUGAAGUUAAAUUAUCAAUUGAUGAAACAGAUAAUUGGAUCUCAAGAUAUGUGUUCUAUAGAUAUGCAAAAACUUUUAACGUCGAGGAAAGUUGCUAUACAAUGUCAAGAAGUCAAUUCGAUAAAUUAUUGACACAUUUGAGAGAAGUAAUGGGCGAACGAGGACUAGGUCAAGACAUUUUAAUUAUAAAGGAUGUAUUGGAUGAAGGAGAUGAAGAUUUGGAAAAUCCAUUCGAGGAUGAUUCAAUUGCCGCCUCAUUAGCAAGUAGUAAUCAGAUUGUUCUAGAUGUCGGUUCUGUUCUGGCAGAGCUCAAACAGAAUAGAACCAUUACGGAGGGAACUUUUCUGAAUUGGUUUCAAAGUGCCUUGGUACUUUACAUUAUGUUUAAAUAUAAUCAGUAUUAG